AUGCGUCUUUCCACAGCCUGCUCGUUCUUGAUCAUCUGGACACUCUGCUUCUUGCUGGGUGAAUGUCGACCAUUUGGGCUUGAACGCCGGGUUCGUCAAUACAAAAAGGGCGAUAAAAUAACCAUUCAAGUCAGGUCGUCGAUAUUGGAUCGAUCCAAAACUAAGGAGUAUGAGUGUACUGUGAUCGGGGAAGGACGCGAUGGGUCCGGCAAACCUGUCGAAGCUGGUCGUCAGAUUAUGGAUCAAGCCAUCCCGUUCGAUGAGGAGGUUCAAGCGCUUCGCGAUGUUGGCUUAUAUAUCAAGACUUUGAACGCUCUCGAUGGGACCAAGUGGAUAGUUAUGAAGAAUGUUAAGGCUGGACCGCCAGAGAUGAAGACUUCCGCAAAAAUACUGGAGGAGGCUACGACCAAAGCCUUCGGCGAAUUUUACAUAUUUUUUUACAUUUCGGACCGCGGUCUUUAUCAUUUCUGCAGUCACGAGGAUCCAAAGCCAGAUAAUGUCUUUGCCACUGAGAACUUUUCCCAACUGACGCUCAUUGACUAUGGUCGCUCUAGGCGUGUUGAUGGUUUGACUCAAGAUUUGAAAAGAAAAAUCGAAUUUGAUUCAGCGAAAGGGUUCCGUGCUCUGGAAGCUGAAUGCGAGGAGAAGGACGAGGGAGGAGCAGCCAAAACUUUUCCGGCACUGAUCAAACCUGCUGGCGUAUCAAGGAUCAGUGAUAAGAAAAAGGUUAAAGCGGCAAAAGAGCAGGAAAAGCGCCUCGAGGCGCAGAUUAGAGGAGCUGCCGCCGCCGGUGGUGGUGGUGGUGGUGGUGAAACCAGUCAGCAGGGAGCUCAGCAAAACGCUUGAGUGAUUCUUACUGUGAAGUUUACGAUAUUGAAAAUAAUAAUAAUUGUUUGAAUCUACA